AGCCACAAAGCUACAACCACCUCAUCAUCCUGCCUCAUAUCUUUGUCAAUCUCUUUUUGUGCGAGUACGAUUUCGAAUUUUCAUAAUGACAGAGUGGUUUAUCAAUAAAAUACUUCGUGUAACCGAAUUGAAUGAUGACGAGGCUAGAAGAGAAAUUCUCGCAGAAAUGAGUAUAAAAUUGCAGAGUUUGACACGGCAGGAUCUCAAAGAAAUCAGUCGGAAUCUUAAUUUUUCUGGAUUAUUCUCGCAGUUAACCUCAAAUGACAGGAAAUCGAUCGAAGAGAUAUGUAACAUCUUAAAGAUUCUUAUGGAGGGUUUAGAGCCUGGAGAGGUACACAGACGCUAUCCAUCGGAAUUACGUCUUUUCAUUAAACACAGUGAAUCCGCGGCAAGAGCUCUGGCGUUGAAAGAGCUGGAAAGGGAAGCUGCUGGAAGUCCUGAAAUAUUAGAACAGUUGUUACACGACGGGGAUCUAUUGCGAUCGACAUUAGAGAGAAUUGGAGACGAGGAUCUGGGUGUAGCGAAUCUAGCUAUGGGGAUCGCAAAGAAAAUUGGUUCUGAAAUCCAAGGGGCGAGGAUUCUUUACUCAGGAGAAUCCUUGAGGACAAUAGCCAAACUUCUAGCCAAAAACGAUGCGACGAGCUUCAGAGUUUACGAGGUUGUAGUUGCAAUAGCCAAGAACUCGGAAGAAGGCUUGGAGGCGAGCGCAAACUCUGGUUUUCUUCAUGGUUUGAUCAACGUUCUGGACAACGACGAUAUACUUUUGCAGUUGAACGCUCUAGAAGCAAUGUCAGAUUUGGCGGAGAGCGAUCAUGGACUCGAUUACCUGCAAGAGCAAAAGGUUCUCAAAAGAUUGGCGGACAAAAUCGCUCGUGCGGGGGAAGAUCCGCUUUCGGGUCUCUUCAUUCCUGGUCUCAUGAAGUUUUUCGGUAGCGUAGCGCGCCGCAGACCCGACGAGAUCUUCUCAAAAUACCCUGUUGUGAUAACGUCCCUUUUCGAGCUGAUCCAGGCCGAAGACACGAGUCUUCUCGGCAAUGCUCUUGAUACUCUGGGUCACGUGGCUUCCAGCGUUCAAGGGAAAUACGCUCUUCAAAUGCUCGGUGACUCUAUGCCUUGCGCUCUCCUCAAAAUCAGCGAAAUCAUACGGAAUUCACCCAACGAGCUCCGUUUGCGGGGACUCGAAAAUCUUGCACUAAUUUUACAUCUUGAUAAACAAGAUCAGGACAACAGAACAUUGACUCUAACGAAAUCCUGGUUCGAUCGUCUAGCGGAUAAUCCUCUUGGAGUUGUUGUCACUCUUUCGAAACAACCGUUUGCUGAUAUCCGACAAUCGAGCUUACUUAUUUUAGCCACCCUUUCGUCACAAAAUUGGGGCCAAGAAUACAUCGCGAAUUUCCCUGGUCUGCUUGAAUUCUUACUCGAUCGGGGAGCUGAAACUUUCAAGAAUUGCAAAGAUCUCAAGUACCAAAUCGUGAAGAAUCUCGUCGACUCCGAUUCCGAAGUUUUCGACCCCGAGAGCCUUGACAAGUUGAAAAAAUUCGUUCUUCAAGGUCCGUACCACGUCGACCAAGAAACCGAGGUUACCACCGAAGGAGCUUCUUAGUUCUCAUUUUCACAUAGACUUACAUUUUGUUUCUCGACACCUGUGUCAACCUUGAAAGGUAAAAAAAUCUUCAUUUUCCCUCGUUUCUCGUCGACUGAUUUUUUAUUUUUUGUACAUUGUCCGGUGGGUAUGAACUUUUCACCAAGCAACAUCCGGCUGGUACCACAAUUUAAAUCCGCCAACCCAAUGCGAAGAGCUUCACCGGCACAAUGCUUUUAUGUUCUUGUAAAUAAAUCCAUUUUUACCGGAA